AUGUACAGCUUCAAUACUCUUCGACUCUACCUUUGGGAGACCAUUGUAUUCUUCAGCCUUGCUGCUUCGAAGGAGGCUGACGCUGCCCGCUCCGCGCCCAAGCCUAUGUCACCCUCUGAUUUCCUGGAUAAGCUCAUGGGGAGAACCUCUGGAUACGAUGCCAGGAUCAGGCCCAACUUCAAAGGUCCCCCGGUGAAUGUGAGCUGCAACAUUUUCAUCAACAGCUUCGGCUCCAUUGCUGAGACAACCAUGGACUAUAGGGUCAACAUCUUCCUGCGGCAGCAGUGGAACGACCCCCGGCUGGCCUACAAUGAGUACCCGGAUGACUCUCUGGACCUGGACCCAUCCAUGUUGGAUUCCAUCUGGAAACCCGACCUGUUCUUCGCCAACGAGAAGGGGGCCCACUUCCACGAGAUUACCACAGACAACAAACUGCUGAGGAUCUCCCGGAACGGAAAUGUCCUCUAUAGCAUCAGAAUCACCCUGACACUGGCCUGCCCCAUGGACUUAAAGAAUUUCCCCAUGGACGUCCAGACGUGUAUCAUGCAACUGGAAAGCUUUGGCUAUACCAUGAAUGACCUGAUCUUCGAGUGGCAGGAGCAGGGAGCUGUGCAGGUGGCAGAUGGACUAACUCUACCCCAGUUUAUCCUGAAAGAAGAGAAAGACUUGAGAUAUUGCACGAAGCAUUACAACACAGGGAAAUUCACCUGCAUUGAGGCCCGAUUCCACCUGGAGCGACAGAUGGGCUACUACCUGAUCCAGAUGUACAUUCCCAGCCUGCUCAUUGUCAUCCUUUCAUGGAUAUCCUUCUGGAUCAACAUGGAUGCCGCGCCAGCCCGUGUGGGCCUGGGCAUCACCACUGUGCUCACCAUGACCACCCAGAGCUCUGGCUCCCGAGCAUCCCUGCCCAAGGUGUCCUAUGUGAAAGCCAUUGACAUUUGGAUGGCGGUGUGCCUGCUCUUCGUGUUCUCAGCCCUGCUUGAGUAUGCCGCUGUCAACUUUGUGUCUCGGCAGCACAAAGAGCUGCUCCGAUUCAGGAGGAAGCGAAGACAUCACAAGAGCCCCAUGCUGAAUCUGUUCCAGGAGGAUGAGGCCGGAGAAGGCCGCUUCAACUUCUCUGCUUAUGGGAUGGGCCCAGCCUGUCUGCAGGCCAAGGAUGGCAUCUCAGUCAAAGGCGCCAAUAACAACAAUACCACCAACCCCCCUCCCGCACCGUCUAAGUCCCCAGAGGAGAUGCGAAAACUCUUCAUCCAGAGGGCCAAGAAGAUUGACAAAAUAUCCCGCAUUGGCUUCCCCAUGGCCUUCCUCAUCUUCAACAUGUUCUACUGGAUCAUCUACAAGAUUGUCCGCAGGGAGGACGUCCACAACCAGUGA